GUUACAGUUGAUGAUGACGCUUUGAGGGACGAGCACAAGAAAUUUCCGGCAAAAUGUCCUCUCCAAAGAACGGCUCACCUGGAGAAGCUAGAAAACAGAAUGGCUCACGUAAAAGAAAACGGCCCAGCUCCCAGGAUUCAGAUAUAAAUGGAGCAACGAAACACAAAUCAAUACGCGUGGUAAGAAAUGUUCACGUACAAGCUUAUUACUAGCUCAGCUUACUCCACGUUGGAGCUAAACUUAACACUCAGUGUUUCAUCAUUUUGUUUCUCUUUCAAUUUAUUGUUGUCUGAUUUAGAUCUUGCAAUUCCAGUCAUCUUGAAUAAUACCAUUGCUCUGCACUACUGGUUAAUGCACAAACCACAUUACAUUUGCACCGCUCGCCGGUUCCCGCGGGGCACAAGACAACAAAAGACGCAUCGUUGAAAAGAAGCUCUAUUGUUUUGUUGCCUUUUGAACGCUUUAAAUACAGUUUCUACUUUGGCGUGAUGCCCCAUGUUUUCAUUCGGUUGUCCUCGAAAAUUAUUUCCGGCAAUUAAGGCUAGAAAACAAUAGCAAGAAUGUUUAAAAUAAUUUCAACUGAUUCAAAUUAAAUCUUAACUUGGAAUUAAUUUGUUUCCACUUUGCACAGUCACCGCGUGAGCCGGCACGGAUGUAUGAGCCAGAUUUGACCAUUUCUCCCUCAGAUGAACCCGUUGAAGAAUUUGAGCCGAUUUCUUUAGAGGAUGCCAAAAAUGGAAAAGGUAAAUACAUGUAUGCAAGAAAAAAAGUCUUGAGAAAGUACACAAUGCCAACUGUUUGGUUUUUAGCUUAUACCAACGAUUUUAAAAUUUAAUGCAAUAAAUUAAUGCAAUGAAAUACUGUAUGUCUGAACAUAAAGGGAAAACUUAAAUCCGAAUCCUAUUUUUUGUAGCAACAAGACCUAUUCGUGUCUAUGCAGAUGGUGUUUAUGAUGUAUACCAUUUUGGACAUGCAAGAUCUCUAAUGCAGGCUAAAAAUGCUUUUCCAACUGAAGUUUAUUUGAUGGUUGGAGGUAAGGAUAAAUUUUUAAUGAAUUUUCAGUUUGCUUAUACAUAUAAAUUGGUAGAUAUGACCUUCAUUUGCAGUUUGUCUUUUGUUAUAACAUGUUAGUAUGCUAACAGCAACCUAAAUUUUUACGGUUGACCUUGAAAGUUUGAAAAGUCAAGAUCAGCUGAUUUUUAUAAAUCCAUAAGUCUGAAGUCCAACUGCAUCUCUUACAUGCCAACACAGAUGAGAUUACUGAUUUUAAUUCCACUGUCAGACGAUUUAAUUUUUGAAGAGGGGCGGGGAGGGGGUUGGGCAAUUUCUUCUGGGUAAGAAUACAGUACUUUAUUUUCAGCAUUAGUUUUUACAGGAAUUUUUAUUUACAACAUAAACCUUUACAAAAGUAAAAAAAAAAUAUUGUGGUGCCCAAAUAAUUAUUAUUUUUACUUGAUUUAAUUCAAAAGUGAAUAAAUUAAAUGAUUGAGUUUAUAGGUGAAUUAAUAUUAUGGGCAUAUUAAUAAAAGUCUGACCUUCUGCUAUUCAACACAUUUCUGCUGUUAAUAAUAGCUUGAAUGACUGCUUAAUGAUGAAGCAGUGGAGAUGGCUCUGGCCCUAAAAUUUUUAAAAGUUUACUACCAUUUUUAUUUUCAUUAAUUUUUUAUUAUUCAUUCAUUCAAAAUAUUUGGCCAUUUCUGAUUGGCUAAAAUCCCGUAAUUUAUCAUAACCAGCUAUUGUGGACCAAAUUUGGAAGAAUUUUGCAAUAUGUGAAAAAUGACAUCAGUCGUGCAGCAAAUUGCCAGAUUAUUGAACCGUUAACCAAGAAGACCUGGGGACGAGGUUGAGUUGUUUGGUAGUGAGUUAAAAAAUGGCGAAACUUUUCACUCGUUUCACGAGGAAUAAACAGGUGAACUAUUUGUUAAAAACAUAACAAGAAGACAACUCGACAGACGACUUCUCCUGUUUGGAGAUUAUUUGUGGAGCUAAACAGCCCUUUAUCUGCUAAACUUGGCAGUUAACAUGCACUAUCAAAGAUGAACUUAACAUUGAUGGAGGUAAGCACGUUUUAGCUUGUUUUUAAACUAGGAAUUAUUUUGAAUGAAUAUUAAAACAAUUAUUAUUACUAGUAGUAAUUAUUAUUAGUAAUAGUGUUAUUAUUAUUAUAAUAUUAUUACUGUUAUUAUUAUGGGGUGCAAAAAGUCGGGUUGCUGAGUAUUAACCACUCAGAGUGCACAGGAAAACAAACUCUUUGCUGUAAAAUGUAACAGGCACUUAGAGAAUGUCACUGAGUCAGUGGCGUAAAAUGUUCUACCGAGUUCUAAUAGUUAAACAACCCCAGGGGCCCGACUCACAUAUUUUAAUGACGGGGGGUCCGAAGGAUUUUUUUUGGUCUGACAUUUUGGCCAAAAGGGAUUUUUUUGGGUCUAUGAAAGAGGCCGGGAGUUUUUUGGGUCGCGAAAACAACACAGGGAUUUUUUUGGGUAUUGUAUUUUUUAUCAGCUCAAAUCAACAAUAACAUAAGCGCAAUUUACUGCUUGUGUGGUAUUACGGGAUAUUUCUGAGAUUGUAAUCUAUGUGAAAAAUAAUUAAUUAAUUUGUUGAAGUUAGCAUGUUUUAGCUUCCCAGAAGAUAAAUAAUAAAAUUUGCUGAUGCAAAAACACUGAGGGAUUUUUUUGGGUAUAAAAUAUGAACCUCUGUCGGACCCCCCCGUCAUUAAAAUAUGUGAGUGGGGCCCCUGGGUAAACAACAGUUACCUUGAAAGUACUUGUUCUGUUGAGCAAGCACAAGAUUGUGUCUUUCUGCAUUCCGUUCAAGACAUGGUAUGGCAAGGUGUUGAAAUGUUUUGUUGUUCGUUUGUUUGGAUGUUUGCAGUUUCCAAUGAUGAGUUAACACACAAGUACAAAGGUAACACUGUCAUGACAGAGACUGAGCGUUAUGAGUCUCUUAGGCACUGCCGUUAUGUAGACGAGGUUAUUAGUGAUGCACCCUGGGUCGUAACUCCUGAUUUCAUUGAUCUUCACAAGGUAUGCUAUAAAAGUAGUGUACAAAAUAGAAGCUUAGAGAAAAUAAAAUGAGUUCAAUUAUUGAACUCAUUUUUUUAUAGCUAACACUCUACAUCUCAUGUGGCAUCUUAAUAAUAAUGAACUGUGCUUGUACGUUUUCUUGUAGAAAACUGACAGAGUGUUGUUAAAGCUUGGAAAAAAGUAUCUCAGGAUUGAUAGAAAUUAAUGUACUUCCGAUGAUUUUUGGAAGCACUGAAUUUUGAAAUUUUCCAGGAAAACAUUCCCCUGGACCCUCCUUUAAAAAUAACAAGACUUAGUGAUGGUCCGAUUUAUUUAGGCACAAGUAUGAUUACAGAUGGAAUUGGACAACACAAAGUUCUGUUACUAAUUAAUCAUAACCAUAACAAAAUUUGUGAUAUUUUAGGCUGGAAAUUCUAAGGGUUUUUUUGUUAGCAGUGAAAAAAGCCAUUUAAGUGCGCGUGUGCGAUGGCCUGUGCUAUGCAAUUACUUAGGCAUGAAGCGUACUGUCCUAUUACACUGUCCCAUUAGUACUGAAAUCAGGACAGUUGAUAGCCAAUCAGAUUUGAGAAUGUUGUUGUAAGUCAUGAUUACAACUUCUAUUAGGUGAAUGCAAAUUACUAUUAAAACAACAGUUUACAAUAGUUUACAUUGUGGCCCAAAUAAGCUCACACGCUUGGUGCUUGUUGAGCGCGCACUAAGUGCACUAGCUUAGAUUUUUUAGGGAAGCAUGUCCCUGGACCCUUCCCAUAAUAUUAGUCAUCAACUUUGUUGGGCGAAACAAAUUAUUGUUUCAACAGAAGUUUAUGAUUUUUUAUCAUAGUUAACAUUAUGGCCUUAUAAGCUCACACAUUUAGCAGUUGUUGAGCUUGGGCCACACAUGCUGUAAAUGACCUAAUAAGUGCCAGGGGCGUCUAUUUACUUUUUGAAGUCCAAGUGGGGGCAUUAAAUAGAUAGGAGGUGCGAAAAAGAGAGAGGAGUACAUUCUCAUAAUUGUGACAAGCUCAACAAAACUGAAGAUAUAAAGAAAGUUUAAAAAAAGUGGAAUAUUCUCUUUAUCAAUAAUUGAUGUCUAGGCCUAGAGAUCCAUAGAGCUUUCUCAAAUCUUAACAUCAUUGUCAGAAUCCUCGCUCAGGGUUUAUAAUUGUGUUGCCAUCGUUAGACUAUCCUUACUAUGAACUUGACAUUGAACGAGGUGAAAUAUGCAAACCUUGGUUAGUCAAGCAAGAAACAACAAUCUUUAUUAAUUUUGUACUCACUCCCCUGCUCAAAAAAAAAUAUAUUAAAAAGACAAUGGAAAUAAAAUUAGAGUACUGGCUACCUGGAAUAACCGUAGGGCUAGUAGCGGCACCAGGCAGCCAGUUGACAUCAGCACGAAAUAGAAAUAAAUUUAAAAACUGAUUGAAUCAGAUGAUUUUGCUAAUUCCUGGUGUUUUGGAGUAAUUCUCAUUGGGGGUAUUUAUUAGACAGGGGCAUCUCACACAAUUUUUAUUAGCAUAGAGGGGGUGUUUACUAAAUAGAGGCAUUUAUUAUUGGAAGUGGGCGUUUAUAAGGUCAUUUACAAUAUGCCAGCCCCUCCAAUCCAUAGAAAGCUCUGCGGUCCCUAUGUUGCCAAGAUUUAUCAGUUUGGUUUUAUUUCUUUUAGAUUGAUUUUGUCGCUCAUGACGACCUACCUUACAACAGUGCAGGAUCGGAAGACAUUUACAAAGAGGUGAAAGCUAUGGGUAAAUUUGUAGCCACACAAAGAACGGAAGGAAUUUCCACUUCAGACCUCAUUGCAAGAGUGGUUAGAGAUUAUGAUAUGUAUAUCAGGAGAAACUUGGCCAGAGGCUAUACAGCUAAAGAGCUGAAUGUCAGUUUUAUUAAGGUGAGUAUCCUUUCUUAACUCUAGCAGUGGUUCCAUUAGGAGAUACAGCAAGGCAUAUUUCUUCUGUGUUUGAGGUUACUGCAAAUUGACUUUACUCAUUAAAUUGUUGGGCGUAAAAUUUGUGUGUGUAUUCUGCCCAUAGGCAGGUCCUUCCCUAUAGUUCCCCAUCUAAGGCACGCCUCUUGAAUGCUGCACAAGGGUCGCCAUCCUUCACUCUAUCCGUUCACUUUAUUUAUUAUCUUAGUACUUUAGUAUUUAUGUGUAAAUUCGAGUAAAUUCACGCCUGAGAGCUUUAUAGAUAGAAACUUUUUUAACUUGAUAUUCCAAGGAUUUAGUAUCAUUGUAUGGUCCUUAGUAUUUAGUAUUUAAAAGGAUUUUAGUGUUAGUAAUAGUUGUGUUUAAAUUUCAUAGGGCCGUAAGGGAGACUACAGUGUGACUGUAAUUAGGCACCCUAUAAAUGAAAUAAAGUGUCAUUCAUUCAUUCAUUCAUUCAUUCCCACUGGAGGUCCUCCAGGUAGCCUCUUUUCUAUUACUCUUCCUUCAAUAACUAAUUGGACAAGAUCACCAUGCUGUAUUUUGAUAACAGAUAUGAUGGCCCUCUCCUCACCAACACACCUCAAUACAUCUUCAUUACAGACUUUGUCAGACCAAGAAAUGUUGAAGACCUUCCUCCAAAGCCACAUCUUACAGGUCUUCAGUCUUUGCACGUCUUCUUUCGUCAGGUCCACAGCUUGGCACCAUAUGAGUUACUACAAGGAAAAUUAAGCAAUUUGUGUUUCCACAAAUUAAAACCAUAUUAACUUAUAACCUGACACAGGAUCAAUGUGGCCAAGUUUUAGAAGUCAAUGUAAAUAAAACAAUUUGGCAGGUUAAAAAAUUAGUGGGAAAGAGUUUACGAACCAGGAAUUUAUUAUCUACUGAUUUAGGUUUGGUUGUCUUUGCUAAUGUACAGGCACAUUAAUAAAGCUCAUAACCUCUGUUUAUCUCAUUAUUUUAUAGGAAAAAGAAGUUCAAGUGCGGCAAAAAAUGGAUGAAAUUAAAGGUCGACUGACAGACAAAUCCCAGGAAAUCCUCACUAAAUGGGAAGAAAAGUCACGUGACUUUAUAGGCAGCUUUAUUGAUAUGUUUGGCAGGGAAGGUCGAUUGGUAAGCUUAAUGAGAUCAUUUUCUACCUCAAACCUUUUUCAAGAUGAAAACAAUAACAAAACUGGUAAAGAUUAAGAUGGUAUAUUGAUAAUAAUCAUUAGUGGGUCUACCCUGCAACCAGAUUUGACAUUGUCGCAGUGUAAACUGCUGUGCAAAUAGAAGCUUGCCAGUUCACACUGUAGACUGUGAGCUUCUACUUGAAGUGGGUUUUUUAUUGAUUAGAAAUGCAUCAUGCAUUCUGAUGUACUAGUCAGUGCAAAUCAAAGAAUCAUGACUAACAUAUUAAUUUGCACUGCUUGAUGAUAGUUUUGAACUAUGAAAAUUCACAUGCAAAAGCAUUUUAAGGUAACACUGUACACAAAGAAAUGACGUAAAUAUUAAUUUUUACUAUUGCUUUAAUUAAGUUUAAUUAUUAGACUUUUAUCUUUUUUACACAAAGUAGUAUAUGUUCUAACUUUUAAGUAAAUGAAAUCCUUUCAUGUAAUAAAGGUAAAUUGAUUAGUCAUGCGGAAGCAAUAAGUGGCUUUUGAUUUUAAAAUAACUUAACUAAAGCAUAGCCCUGUUAACUGAGUGUAACUUUGAUAAGGUUUAAAGUUUAGAAUGAUUUUAACCUAAACCUCCCACAUAUUGUACAGUCCUGCUUAAACCUUCUUUUGAUUAAUAAAUGAUAAUUUUAAAAUUUCCUUGUCGCUUGGAGUGAAUUAAAUUUUGCAAUAAAAAGUUAAGACUUACCCUAAACCGCCAUCAUAUAUUAUUGCACUAAAUGCAUUUAAGUAUUAAAUACCUGAUACUUAUUCAAUUUUCAAAGUUACUUAAAGUAACAAAGAAAAGAAAUUUUUUAUCAAUAUUCAGAAAAAGACUAAAAAUGGAUGUCGCUUUGUUUAACCUUGAAACUUUAAAUGUGAUAUUACAAAAUAAAGAACUUUCUUAAAUGGAUAGUUUUACCUUCAUAUGAACUUUAAGUUUCAUUUUUUUUAACACCUAACACAUGCUAAAAUAUGUUCAUAUAACAAAUCACUUCAACAUAUGAUCACUGACGUAUACAAUAAUCUAUCCUUUACUGUGCAAUAAAAAAUAUAGUUUAAAUAAACCUUCAGAAUAAUUUUUAUUGAGAUCAAAAUGUAAACAUAACUUCAGUCUACUCUUCAUGUGAGUCAUUGAUGCUUUACUGCGCAGAGAUGUGCUUUCAACAACCAAGUCUUUACCUCUCAGAUUGAAAGGUACUUUUUACUUUUAUAAUAUUAAUACUAUAAAAUUAUUAUUAUUUCGUUUAAUUUCUGUUUUAAUAACCCAAGUUUUUUUUGGUCUUUGUAACCUCAAAUAAGGAAUAAAUAUAAGCAAGUCAUAAGUCAAAAAAGCCUAAAUUGUGAUUAUAUAAUAUAACCUGUCAGUAACAUACAACCAGAUUGAUUAACUUUGUGACAAACAGGAAUAAAUUUCUUUUCUUAAGCAAUUAACACUAACAUAAUAUUAACAAGAUUAUGCUAGUAAAGAAACAGUAAUAUUUUUCAACAUGUUGAUAAGAAAGUUAGUCAAUACAAGAUGUCGGUUAGGUUUUGGCAAAAGGUUAGUGGAGCGUUGUAAUGUGGAAUAAGGAGAAUGAAAUUUUGCAAUAAUUUUGUUGUAUCCUGAAACAACCAACUCUGUUUGGUUAUCAUCAAUCAAGAUGCACUGGACAUUACCAAUCUUAGCAUUAUGAAAGUCAAGGAGCAUAUACAUCGCUUUUGCCUGAGUCAGUGUGGUUUUGAAUCCCAUUAUGGGACUCUAGGAAUGCUAUUACAGUGAAACCUUGAUAUAACAAAGGACCAAGGGACUGGUAAAUUAUUUUCACUCUAAGGAGUUUUUGUUAUAUCAAGGUCCUUUUCCAUAUAUUUUACUGUUACUGGGGUAAAGAAAAUUGUUUCUUAUACCAAGGACUUUGCUAUAAUAAUAUUAUAAUUAUUAUAUAUUGUAAUAAUUAUAACAGUUAUUAUAAUUAUAUUAUUAUAGUAAUUAUAAUAAUUAACCUUGCUAAAACGAACCUCUUUAAUUAUUACAGACGUUCAUUUUAACAAGGUUCCACAGCACAAAGUUGUGAAGGAAACUGGGUCCCAAUAUUUAUCCCCCGAAACAGUCCCAUAGCCCCAUUGGACACAAUCUAAAACCAUUCUUAUGUGCAACCUAAAAAUAGUCCCUAUAUGAGUGAAUGGUCUUGCUGUGCAUGUGUCUAUCAAUAUCUCAGUGGUUGGGGAACCUGUGGCACCCACCUGGUGUGUAGAGAGAUCAUAGGUGAAAAUCUUGUCUAAGACUAAAAUUGUUUCUCUGUGUGACACACUCUUGGCUUGAAAAUACUAUUUAAAUCUUUUAAGAAAAUGAAUUAUUUAUUAUUUUAUAUUACAGAACCAGCUCAUUGGGAAAGGAAAAGAUAGAAUAUUUGAUGCGGGGGCACGCAUUAAGAGAGCGCUAUCUCCAGGACGACACGCAGAUCUUGAUGACUAUGAUCCGUAUGGUUCUCCAACGAGAUCACCCAAGGUUCCUCGGCUUUCCUUUGACCCUGAAAUCAGUGAUGAUGAAGAAGAUGAACAAGGCAAGGAGAUUAGAGAGGCCGUUAGUUCUACUUUCUAAGAUAUUUUUUUAUCUAUUGUUGGAAUUGAUUGUAUUGCUCUAUCUGAAAUCACAGAGCGAUUGUUAAACGAAGUUGCACGGGAGGGUAAUUCAUGGGUAUGGCCUCAACAGAAGGUGUCCAGCAAAGAAAUUAAUGAAGUUAGAGAGUUUGAUGCAAUGAGUAUGUUGACACUAUACCGGAAAGGGUUUUGUUCCAACAGUGUUCUCCUUAUCUGGCGGUAACCAGUAAAAUUUACAGCGUGAAGCAACACUUCUUACAGCCUGCAACGGCUUAAACGUUUACUAAAAUUAAAUAAGUAGUUUUAAAAAAUACGCAAGUUGUGAUCCGAUCUGAUCAAAGAAAUGAAUGAGUAUAUGGAAAAGCACUUAAGUAUACACAGCUUUUCUUCUUAUCGGCCAUGCAUUUUAGAAAGAGAACAUUGAAGACAGAGUAAAAUUAUUGGGAUCAAACGUUUUAAAUUGUUGUAACAAAGGCCGUUUGUGUAAAAGAGGUCUUAAAAUGAGGGAAUGACGUUUCAAAGAACUUAGCUCCUCCUAGGGGGGUGGGGCUGUGUCCUCACUCCACUACCCCCUCCCCUCCCCUCCAGGAAGGUGCACCUCAGGGGCACAUUUUUUGCCUUACCAGUCAAGAAUGACCCCUUACCUGCUGAGCUAAAAUUUAGGGAGAUCACGUGUUCGAAACGUGAUCGGCUACAUCCAAGAUCGAAAAAUGUCACGCGCGAAAUGUAACACAAAACUCCGUGACAAACACUGUCCUACACCAAAAGCUAUCCGGUAGUAUAGUGUGAACACCUAUCCAAUAUGUGACUCUCCACUUGAGAGAUUGGCGCACGCAGCUUCACUCCGUAAUAGAAAUCAUGCCAAAAUCACUGUUCUUCUGUAUGGACCGAAGCCUUAUGCGGUAUGGUUUUCAAGCCAGCAAAAAAGCUAUCCAUUAUGGUGUAAAGAUAGCCUAAGGCUUCCAUAGGGUUUCUUUACUAGGAAUGAUUUUAAAUCAAAUUUAAUAAAGAACUGGGCCCAGUUGUUCGAAGGCCGAUUAGCGCCUAACCCGGGGUUAAAUUUAACCCGGGUUUCUUUUUCUUGUGUUCAAAAGCAUUUUCUCGGAUAAUUUUCUGUGCUAUUUUUAGAGCUUCCAAUCAUCAACUUGUAGACAACAAGAACUAAAACUGAAAUGCCUUUUAAGCUUUCAAAUCUGAAUUCAAAUCUCGCACUAACCCUGGGUUAUCUUAACCCAGCUUUGAACAACUCGGCCCAGGCCUAGAAAAAAAAACAUAAAGAAAGUACAUCUCUAGCCUCCCACGCAGACGUACUUAGGGGUUCGUCACGCGUUCCUGCCCCUAAGAACGUCUGCGUGGGAGGCUAGGACUUCUCUGACCUUCAUCCCAAGCGUGAUCAACAUCUAUUUUCUCAUCACAAUGUCAAUACAUAAAAAAGGGGAAAGGUUAGAAGAAUGUAUAAAAUGAUAAACAAAAGGGAAAUUUCUUGAUUUUCUAGCAAAUUCUCUUGGCUGUUUUUUCAAAGAAUGUAAUUAUGUAGAUUAGACCGGAGAAUUUGGAUAUAAUUGGAGCUGAAAGGGUAAGUGGUGUACGGCAGUCUGUUUUUUGGGGAGUUAAUUGUAAAGUGUAAAAUUAUUUUGACAUAAGAUGAUGAUAACAGUCACUAUUCUUGUGUUGAGGAACUCGCUAAAUUCCGACCAAAGGCAUUGAUUAAGGUAGAUCAAGUGGAGCAUUGUUAGAAAUUGGCUGUUUAUUGCUGCUCAGGUUGGCAUGCAGUUAAAUAGGCUAGUGUCCACUCUUCAGAUUAAAACUGUCUCUUUCGUACAACCACUAGAUUUGAAUUUGUUUUUUUUCCUUUUUCUUGAUUUACAGUUUCAUUGGUUAUCUCAUUUAGGCUUACGUAACAAACGCCACAAUUUGCACAACAGAGAAAACUGACGAGUUUUGGAAGUUUUAGUGAAAUAGUGCUUUUCUGCAAAUGAAUUAUUUAAACCCGUUACAAGUUGUGAAAUUUGGAAAUUUUGUGAAAUUUUUAAAGUUGAGUAUAAGUUGGGCUAGAUUCUGUACUCCUUAAAAGUGAAAGUCAUGCCUCACUUGUUCAAAACGUGGAUAACGCUAUCACUGGAUAAAACUGUGUUCAGUGCAUAGCACUAUUGGUUCAUAUAUACUCAUCCGCUGGAUAGAUAUUUUUCUGGACCCAGUUGUUCCAAAAGUGAACCGUGAACCAACCCGUUUGUGGAGAGGUUAGUCAAUGUAAUGAGUGUAUUCGCGAAAGAUCAGUUUUCACAGAUGGGGCCGUCAAAAGAAAAAUAUGUUAAAUUUCGUUCAUUUUUUUUCCAUUUGAAAAAUGUAUUCAUGAUUGUACAGAACCAUGCAACGUAGGUGAAAAAACGUAUUUAUUUUGAAGGAAAAUGAAAUACAUUACAAAUUAUUUGCUAUCAUUAACUUGCAUACAGUCUCAAAUAACUAAAUACAUUAAAUAUAAUUUUAUAGUGAGAAAACUUCAGAUGAACC